AUGACAGAUAGUACAUUCCAAUUCCCUUCAUAUUAUAAUAGGGAACCAUUCUUUACACUACAACCUGUACUGAACACACAGAAGAAACAGUUACAGAUGUGGCAGGAGCUGAUACUAUCAUAUGCUCGCUUUCACAAGAUGUACGUGAUGGACAUCGUCGAAUGUAUAAAGAAUGAUUCUGUACUGUUCAACAAUGAUAAGAUAAAGAGAAGACUAUCUUUAGAGACUACAAAGAUGAUAUUUGAAGAGAUUGUUGAUAAUGGUUAUGGUGAAUGGCUUGACAAGGAUAAGAAUAGAGUACUGGUAUGGUGGAGGAAGCCUGAAGAAUGGGCUGCAAUGCUAUAUAAGUGGGUCUGUGACAGUGGACACACAAACUCAAUCCUUACACUAUGGGAGAUACAAAAGGGAGAGGAUACUACAAAUCUAGAGUUCCAUGAUAUAGACACAACUACAUUGAUGAAGGCAUUGAAGGUAUUGGAGAAACAGAACAAGGCACAGGUAUUCUCUGGCAGCGACAACAAUCUUGGUGUAAAGUUCUUCUCGAUAUAA